UUUCAAUCAAACCCAAAAAGGAGGAGGUUCUUCCUUUUCUUUCCCUUCCAUCUUUCCAACAAAAUCAAACAUUUCUCCUUUCUCCCUCUUUUUUUUCUCUGAAUUCUUCCCAAAAUAACUCAAAUUUUGAUCAAUCUUCAUAAAAACCCCAUCUUUUUUCUCUUUUUCUGAGUGAUGGGGGUUAAAAUUAGGGGUUCACACACUUCCCACAUCACUGAACUUAUCAUCACCAGUUUCUUUCGUCAUAAGCUUUAGAAUUCUCUUAAUCCACCAUUUUAUAAUCAAGUAGUGAUUUUUAGAAAAAACCCAUCUUUUAUUACCAAAUAUGGCUUCUUGAUAGUUGCUAUUUUUAGCUAAUUUUACUUGUAAGUGGAGAAGGCAGAAGUUAUGGCGGAUAGGGUCUUUAAUGGUUCUUUGCUCUUCAAUCAAAGCCUUCCUCGUUCUUCUCACUCUCCGGAACCCUUUUUCAUUUCUGGGUCUUCCUCUUCUUUUCUGGGUUCAAGCUCAAUGGUGAGUUUUGAAGAUGCUUGUAGAGGCAAAAGAUCCGAAAGACCAUUCUUUUAUGAUCAAGAAGAAAAUAGGGAUGAAGAUUUUGAUGAUUACUUUCAUCAAUCAGAGAAGAAACGACGAUUGAGUAUUGAGCAAGUCCAGUUCUUGGAGAAGAGUUUCGAGGUCGAAAACAAGCUUGAACCUGAUAGGAAAAUUCAGCUUGCUAAGGAGCUUGGGUUGCAGCCUCGGCAGGUUGCUAUUUGGUUCCAAAACCGAAGAGCAAGGUGGAAAAAUAAGCAAUUGGAGAAGGAUUUUGAUAGUUUACAAUCUUGUUUUAAUAGCCUUAAGGCUGAUUAUGAUAAUCUUCUUCAGGAAAAGGAGAAGCUACAAGCUGAGGUGCACCAGCUCACAGACAAACUGCUUCUGAAGGAGAACAAACAGGGAUCAGAAACAUAUAUAGAACCCAAAACAGUCGAAGAAGAACCCAUUAUUGAAUCUGCUUCAAGGAGUUCAGAUCACCAAAUUUCACUCUUUAACUGCAAACAGGAAGAUCUAUGCUCAGCUAAGAGCGACGUAAUUGAUUCAGAUAGCCCUCAAUAUGUGGAUGCUACUCACCAUUCCACCUUCGCUGAGCCGGGUGAAUCUUCCUACCCAUUCGAAGCAGAUCACUCUGAUAUCUCACAAGAUGAUGAAGACUACUUGAAUAAGAGCCUUCUGCCUUCUUCCCAUGUCUUCUCUGAGAUUGGGGAUGUUGAUUAUCCUGAUAGGCCUACAAAUUCUUGUUACUAUGGACUUUCUGGUGAAGAUCAUGCUUCUCUUUAUUGGCCUUAUUAUUGGGAUAUCAAUUUGAAAAUGUAAUGAAAUCUUUGUAAAAAUAUAUGUAAUAUAUCAUGAAUCAUGCUAAAUUGAGAGGUUUUCAGUUGAGAGAUCCAAUCAGUUGCAUCCCUAAUCAGGUUCAUGCUGGUGCAUUUUGAUUGUUGUUGAGAAAAAUUGUCGCUUUUUCUUUUUUUUUUUUCCUUUUAUUUGAUUUCAAUCAACUUUACUUGAAUCUCAAGUUGAUUAAAUUAGAUAUGCUUUUUGUGUAUGAAGAUCGAUUAAAUAAUAUUGAUUUCUUGUAGAAAAGUUUGCACAAAA